UUGCUCGUUUUUCAGAUUGGGAAUUUGGCGAACGACGGCUUCAAGUUGGGAAGGCAGCUGAGCACGUGCAGCCGAGAGCGACCUAAGGACGCCCUCGGCGACGACGGAGGCUGCGGCGUCUACAGGAACGGUGGACCAACAGGCGCCUUCCUCCAUAUAGUCAUUGCCUUCUGUCUUCUGUUACCUAAGUUGCUCAUGGAGGCUCGUCUCAUCGAAGCCGGACUUCUUCCUCAAG